ACGUUCACAUGUUGUAACGACACUGCAUAUGCAAUUUACCCCCACGGUAUCGGACUAUCCCUAGCUAUACCUACCUGUCGGCAGACAGCUCAACAUUCACUAUAUCGGCGGUAUAUCCCUGUCUCUCCGGUCGUUCCCCUCGCCGUCGUAAACCUACUCAUGUACCCAUGCGCACCAAUGCAAAUGGUUCGAGAAUGAACAAAUAGCACGCAAUAAUCUGCGUGAUUCGUAUCAUCCCGAGGGUUGUUCUGCGGGAGUCUUGAUAUAAGAUCAUGAUCGAGACGCAGAGAUGUCAUCAUUCUAUCCAUGCACACGAUGGCAUUCACGAAUGGAACCAACGGAACCAACAAGUCCGGUAACGCGCAAGAAGUCGACUUCAGAGACCCGGCUGUGUAUUCCGAGUAUGAGUCGAAGUGGUCAUCCAUCCCGGAAGAUGAAGCAGGCUGGCUGCAGCGUGCUCAAGAUGUCGCAGAUGUGCUCGCCGUCGAUGCCGUCGUACGAGAUCAAGAGAACAAGUCUCCACGUGCGGAAGUUGCACUACUAAAACACUCUGGGUUACUGAAGCUCCUUGGUCCGAAGCAGUAUGGCGGCGGUGGUCAGCCUUGGAGUGUGGGCUACAAGGCGAUUCGGAAGGUCGCCGAAGCAGACGGGUCAAUUGGCAUGCUACUUGGCUACCACCUCCUCUGGUCAACCACAGCCAACAUCGUUGGCUCACCCCAACAAGCCGAUCGCUUCCAGAAGCUCAUUAUCUCGAACAACUACUUCAUCGGCGGCGCGGUCAACCCCCGAGACAGCGACCUAUCCAUCAAAUCCGACGGCGACAAUCUCGUCUUCAACGGGUUCAAGUUCUUCAAUACAGGCGGUGUCGUCUCCGAUCUUACCGUCCUCGAGGGUGUUUACGAAGGCACCCAGAACCAUAUCUUCGCCUUCGCAAAGACGGAUCAACCCGGUGUACAAUUCGGACAUGAUUGGAACAACAUUGGUCUGCGCUUGACGGAGUCGGGUAGUGUCAAGAUCUCCGAUGUGCGCGUACCUUGGACGGAUGCGCUGGGUUGGAACGUCGAGAGGAAAGAACCAGACCCCCGCGCGCUGCAAAUACCGUUCGCGACGCUACUUCUGCCAACCAUUCAGCUCGUUUUCAGCAACUUCUAUCUCGGUAUUGCACUGGGCGCACAGCAAUAUGCAGCGAGGUACACAGCGAAGGGAACUCGGGCAUGGCCCUUCGGUGGCGACAACAAGGAGAAGGCCACAGACGAAUUCUACAUCCUUGAACGCUACGGGAACUUCCACGCACACCUCCGCGCCGCAUCCGCCCUGGCAGACCGCGCAGGCCAAGAAGUCGACGCCAUCUUGAACAAAUACGCAGGCGAUCUGGAAACCCGCGGGAAACUGACUUCACGGGAGCGGGGUGAGCUGGCGGAAUGGGUUGCAAGUGUCAAGGUCGUUACAACAGAUACCAGCCUGCGAGUCACUUCUGGGGUGUUUGAGGUGACAGGCGCGAAAGCGACAAGUGCAAGGGUGGGCCUGGAUCGGUUUUGGAGGGACGUGAGGACGCAUACCUUGCAUGAUCCAGUAGCGUAUAAGAAUCGCGAGUUGGGGAGGUUUGAAUUGUUGGAUGAGAUUCCAGAGGCUACUUGGUACACCUGAUUAUGUUGUGCGAAUGUAUCUUGACUUCUCCCUGUCUUUUCUAGACGAGGUUCUGCAUGUAGCGAGAACGUUAGCUGUUAGUCGAUUCGAGGGUGACUUC